AUGCAAAUUUUGUUAUUCAGUGGAUUGUUGCCGAUUGUUGUCUAUUCUCUCACUUGUUAUGAUUGUUAUGACACAGGACCCGAUCACAAAACGUGCACACAACAAAGGAAUUGCACCGGGAAAGCAUGCAUGAUUUUUGAUGCCGGUGAUGGGAAAACGCUGACCGCUUUUUGCAUCAUGGCAACGAAACACGAAGAGGAAAAGAAAUCGGCUUGCUGGAUGGAGUCGGAUGGAGUGGGGAAGCAUUGUAUCUGCCAUGAGGAUUUCUGCAAUCGACUCGACGCUAAACAACCCAUUGCUGCAGCUGACGAUCCACUCACACAAAAUGUUGGCGGUGCCGAGAUGCUGAAGAAGAAUCCGUUGGUGGAUUAUGAAGAUGAAAAUGAGGGUGCAGCACCGGCUCCAGCCAACGUACUUUUCCCCGGCGCUGAGGCGGCCGACCCGCAAACGACAGGAGACGAUGAUGAUGAUUUGGUGCCGAUCAGCUUCGAGGACUACGAGAACAAGGAGAAGUUGACAGAAAGGGACUCGAAUGAGCAACGACGAUUGGAAACGAAUCAGAUUGGAGACGUCUCUCCAACGGAUGCUGACGUCUCUUCAGCGCCUCAACCCCCAAAAUGUGUGUUAAUAUUCUUGACGAUGGCUGCCUCAAUGGCUCGAUUCUUUGCCGGAAUU